AAAGUAAGGAAAAAAACUAUUAUUUUGGAAAAGGGGCGUGGUCUAGCAGGUGCUGAAAAUUGCGGAAACGGAAACUGCUGCCUUGCGUCGUGUCCUCGAAGAUUCCUGCAAAUCAACCCUAGGGAAUAGAGGGGAAUCUACUGCUUCUGACAUCUGGAUAAAAAUCAAUGCGGUCGGGAGGAAGAAGAGCAGAUGAAUGCUCUCUGAGAUCUAAUUAUUGAACAGAGGCAGGUUUAAUUGAAGAUUGUGGUGGUUUGAUUCCCCACUACCCCCUUUCUCGACAUCAUGACUUCCUCCAUGCUCCGCCGACAGCUGAAGAACCUGGUCCAGAACUACUCUGAGGCUGAGGUUAAGGUGAGAGAAGCUACUUCCAAUGAUCCAUGGGGUCCCUCCAGCUCUCAGAUGGCUGACAUCUCCGAUCUCACUUAUAAUGUGGUGGCUUGCAAUGAGAUCAUGACCAUGCUCUGGAAGCGGCUUAAAGACGACAAGAACUGGAGGCACAUACACAAGUCUUUGACAUUACUGGAGUACCUGUUGAAAACCGGUGAUGAUCGUGUGCUUCUGAAAAUGAAAGACAACAUUUACAUCGUGAAGGCUCUCACAGAGUACCGCUUUGUUGAAAAGGAUGGCAAAGAUCAGGGUGGUAAUGUAAGAGAGAAGGCCAAGGUUGUCCUCGUUCUCAUGGAGGAUGAUGACAAAUUGAAGGAAGAGAGAGACUUUGCCCUGAAGACUAGAGAAAAGACAUCAAAAGGUGCUGCUGCCUCAUCAACUGAAGCAAUUAAGGAUCCCAGCUACAAGCCAUGCUACGUUCCUGGUUCUACAGGCCUUCCGUCUCUGGACAAUAUUCCUUCUGUAGCUGAUCUGACUGCUUCCUUUGCUGCCCGCAAAGAGGAGCGCAUUCGACUUGAGGCAGAGAAAAAAGAAACAGAGAGGAGAGCAAAGAUGAGCGAAGACGAGUUGAAAUGGGAGGAUGCAGCCAAAACUGCAGACUCAAAAGGCAGUGCUUGGGGAGGAGACAAAUCAGAAGAAGAGGAAGUAGUGAAAAAAGACCCAUGGGGACCUCCUAAAGAAACCAGCAGUGAUCCAUGGUCAGGUGCCGCCAAAACGGAAGAUCCAUUUGUAGCUCCAGCAACAACUGAGGAAGAUCCAUUUGCUGCACCAAAGAAUGGGGGAGAUCCAUUCGUAGCACAGGAAGUUGAACCUGAUCCCUUUAGUGCACCAAAGAAUGGAGAAGAUCCUUUUGUUGCAUCAAAAGAUAAACCUGACCCCUUCACGUCUUCUAACAAUGACCCAUUCAACGCUCCCAAGGACGAUCGCUUCAACGCUCCCAAGGACGAUCGCUUCAACGCUCCCAAGGACGAUCCCUUCAGCGCUCCCAAGGACGAUCCCUUCAGCGCUCCCAAGGACGAUCCCUUCAGCGCUCCCAAGGACGAUCCCUUCAGCGCUCCCAAGGACGAUCCCUUCAGCGCUCCCAAGGACGAUCCCUUCAGCGCUCCCAAGGACGAUCCCUUCAGCGCUCCCAAGGACGAUCCCUUCAGCGCUCCCAAGGACGAUCCCUUCAGCGCUCCCAAGGACGAUCCCUUCAGCGCUCCCAAGGACGAUCCCUUCAGCGCUCCCAAGGACGAUCCCUUCAGCGCUCCCAAGGACGAUCCCUUCAGCGCUCCCAAGGACGAUCCCUUCAGCGCUCCCAAGGACGAUCCCUUCAGCGCUCCCAAGGACGAUCCCUUCAGCGCUCCCAAGGACGAUCCCUUCAGCGCUCCCAAGGACGAUCCCUUCAGCGCUCCCAAGGACGAUCCCUUCAGCGCUCCCAAGGACGAUCCCUUCAGCGCUCCCAAGGACGAUCCCUUCAGCGCUCCCAAGGACGAUCCCUUCAGCGCUCCCAAGGACGAUCCCUUCAGCGCUCCCAAGGACGAUCCCUUCAGCGCUCCCAAGGACGAUCCCUUCAGCGCUCCCAAGGACGAUCCCUUCAGCGCUCCCAAGGACGAUCCCUUCAGCGCUCCCAAGGACGAUCCCUUCAGCGCUCCCAAGGACGAUCCCUUCAGCGCUCCCAAGGACGAUCCCUUCAGCGCUCCCAAGGACGAUCCCUUCAGCGCUCCCAAGGACGAUCCCUUCAGCGCUCCCAAGGACGAUCCCUUCAGCGCUCCCAAGGACGAUCCCUUCAGCGCUCCCAAGGACGAUCCCUUCAGCGCUCCCAAGGACGAUCCCUUCAGCGCUCCCAAGGACGAUCCCUUCAGCGCUCCCAAGGACGAUCCCUUCAGCGCUCCCAAGGACGAUCCCUUCAGCGCUCCCAAGGACGAUCCCUUCAGCGCUCCCAAGGACGAUCCCUUCAGCGCUCCCAAGGACGAUCCCUUCAGCGCUCCCAAGGACGAUCCCUUCAGCGCUCCCAAGGACGAUCCCUUCAGCGCUCCCAAGGACGAUCCCUUCAGCGCUCCCAAGGACGAUCCCUUCAGCGCUCCCAAGGACGAUCCCUUCAGCGCUCCCAAGGACGAUCCCUUCAGCGCUCCCAAGGACGAUCCCUUCAGCGCUCCCAAGGACGAUCCCUUCAGCGCUCCCAAGGACGAUCCCUUCAGCGCUCCCAAGGACGAUCCCUUCAGCGCUCCCAAGGACGAUCCCUUCAGCGCUCCCAAGGACGAUCCCUUCAACGCUCCCAAGGACGAUCCCUUCAACGCUCCCAAGGACGAUCCCUUCAACGCUCCCAAGGACGAUCCCUUCAACGCUCCCAAGGACGAUCCCUUCAACGCUCCCAAGGACGAUCCCUUCAACGCUCCCAAAGACGAUCCCUUCAAAACAUCACCCACUGAUCCAUUUACCACCCAAAAAGACAUUCCCCUUAAAACACCAACUGAUGAUGACCCAUUUGGUACUCCGAAGGAUGAUCCCUUCACAGCUCCAACAACAUCCCCUCCUACACAAGGACUGUCCCCCAAAGACGAGUCGUUUGUUGCUCCCAAAGAUCCAUUUUCAUCUCCAACAAAAGCAAUUGAAGUUGACCCUUUCUCUACACCAACAUCACCUCCUAAAGAUGAUUCUUUCUCUGAGCCAUCAAAAUCCAUAAAGGAUGACCCGUUUGCUGCACCACCAUCACCACCUAUAGGAGAUCCAUUUGCAGUGCCAUCCAGUCCACCAGAAGGGAAGGCCUCAGAUCCCUUCGCAGCCCCAGUGGAGGGCUCACCCCAAGACACCAAAGACACUUGGGGGGCACCCUCUGCUCCAACGCAAACAAAUGGGAAAGAUCCCUGGGGAGAAGUAGCCUCUUCACCUAUUAAUGAUUCUGACCCAUUUGGAGAUGCAUCUAAACCAGAAAAUGACCCAUGGGGUGCCCCAGCGUCCGCUCCUGUCUCUGCUGAUGAUGCGUGGGGAGCUCCUGCUCCGCCAUCACAGUCUUCCCCAUCCGAUGACCCCUUUGGAGAUGCGGCAUCUAAAUCUAACGACCCCUGGGGCUCCCCUAGCAAUGACCCCACAGGGAAGGAGAUGAUCAGAAAGGCCGUGUCCUUCCUGGGCCCGGCGGGGGCGUCGCUGGUUGAUUUGGAUGAUCUGAUUUCCUCCAAACCCAGCCAACACCCCCUGACAAACACGCCUGCCCCCCCAACACAAGCCAUGGGCUGUGCCCCCCUCCCUCGCUCCCUUUCCUCCUCCCUUCAAGCUCCUGUCGCUCCUCCUUUUUUCCCAGGCACUUUCUCAGACAGCUCAUCUGGUUGCACGGUUCCGUCAGGGGUUUUUCCCGAAAGAUCCGCCCCUUACCACAAUCCAUUUGGCUCCAGUCUCGCACCCACUCCAUAUGGUGCAGUGCGUCCCCACACAUUUCAGCCCCCACCGUAUAAUUUUGGGGGGUCUGCAGCUUGGGGGGUUCCUGAAGCGGCAAAGGUGCAGCUUGGGUCUGUGAGAGGGAGCGGAGAGGGAAGGAUGCAGCCUGGGACGACAUUGGGAGGAAACACCCCGGCAGGUGUGGCUAACCUCUACGGUUCCACCGCGAUCAACAAGAACAACAACCCCUUUUUGUUUUGAAAUUUCAUCUCACUAGUAAAACAGAAAAUCACUUUAUUCGCUGAAAAAAAAACGGCACAUUUUGGAAGAAAGCAAUAAAAAGUAUUUUUCAAUUCA